AUGCCGACCGAGAAUUCCAUCACGAGGUUGCUGUUUGCGAUUCUCAGCCAGAAGUGUUUGAAAGAUAUAGACUGGAAUAAGGUCGCCCGCGACCCCCUUCUCUGCCAGGAAAUCACCAACGGCCAUGCCGCCCGCAUGCGCUACUCGCGCUUCAAGAAGCAGAUGGAUGCCGCGAGCGGCAUCGUCCCUGCCCCAUCCACCCCCCGCAAACCGCGCAAGAGCCGGGUCGAGAAGAACCGCUCCCCCCCCAAGAAGGAGUCCCCGAAACAGCUCAAGCAUUUCCGAGACGAGGAGCGGGGUACGAAGCGUGAACGCGAUGCCGGAAGCGAGGAGCGGAGUGACCGGGCCGGCACGACAGAGAGCGACGUCGACGGCUCCCUCGGUCUGGACAGUAGUCCCGGCAUGGCCCUCGGGCUCGGAACGGGGGCCAUGGAGCUGAGCAUGGAACUGGAUAUGGGUAUGGAUAUGGGCAUGGGCAUGGGCAUGGGCAUGGGUAUGGAGAUGGGUAUGGGCGACAUGCCAACUACUGUGAAGAGGGAGCGCAAGCCUUCGUACGCUACCCUGCACCUGCACGGGCAAUUGCAGCAGCAGAUAUCCCACCACCCCCAGCAGCACCACCACCACCACCCGUCUUCCUCCUCCGUCUCCAACCCAAACGCAAACAGCACCCUCCCCAACACGCCCCCCCGCAUGUGCAUCGAGCAGUCCCCCUCCCGGCGCGGUUCUUUCGCUCCCGCGGGCGACAUGGCCGACGGGCUGCUGACGGGCUUUGGCCAUGGGAUCCCCGGCGGCGCGUCGGCGACCACCACGCUGCACGAGCAGCUGGGGCCGGCGGGUAACAUGUACGAGCCGCUAAUCUUGGGGUCGGGUGCUGCUUACAACGGUCACGUCGCGCCCGGGCCUGAGACGUACGUGGUAGAUCUGCAGACCGCUGGGGCAGCAGCAGCUCAUGGCGGGCCGUACGGGAUGCCGGCUCACGCCUACGACGGUUUUGGCUGGGCUGGUGAGGAGAUUCUCAGGGGGGAGGGGGAGGGGGAGGGGGGACGGCGGCGACAUGGGAAUGGGAGAGAGUACUCCGGGGACGGGGAUGGGGGUGGGUGUGAGUGUUAA